AUGUCUUUCUCUACUACUUCAUCCAUUGCAUAUUAUUUCCACGGCACUCCAAACAGCGAUCAAGUCCUGCAAGUUCGAUUUGGGGUUUGUAGCCGCCUGAUUUCUCGAUCUCCUUCUCCCGGAAUCAUUCCAGACCGAAUAUUGCAACAGACUCGUUCAACUCCGAUAGGAGAAGCUCUGUUUCCUUUUACUAAUGUGCGGGAUGUUGGAGAAGAAGCAGCAGUAGAGUUUUUGGUGAAUGGGUUUCUGCGUUCGUUCAACCUCCAUUCCUCCGUCUGCCAAAUGAUGUCUCGCAAGAUUUUGUCAUUUGCUCAACAGUUUGACGCCAAUAAUGGGAGCUUCAAAAUAGAAGCGAACAUCGAUUACAUGAAGGAGUUCUGGAUGGAAGCUGUCUCUUGGCUACACCCGAACUCCAUCAUCGGAGAGGAAGGGUUUGAGAUUAAUUUUGAAGAAGGUCCACCACCGGCGAGGAGAGCAGGGGCGCCGGAGUCGGCAAUUGAGAGAGUAAGGAAGCAGAAAUUUGAUGGGUUUAAAGAAGAAGAGGAGACGGGAGAGUGCUGUGUUUGUUGCGAAGAUCUAAAAAGAAAGGGGAUGGAGGUGAGUAGGAUUCCGUGCGGUCAUGUGUAUCACAAAUCGUGCAUCCUCACAUGGCUUGAAAGGAGCAACACGUGUCCAUUGUGCAGAAGAUCAUUAGAAGCAUGA